CAAAUUAGGGUUCUUCACAUCAAAUCCGCCAUAGCUAGGGUUUUUGUUCAUCUUCCCAGAGCUCACACACACACGCAGCAGAAAUGAAGACGAUCCUAUCCUCCGACUCCAUGGAUAUCCCCGACGGCAUCAAAAUCAAGGUUAACGCCAAGGUGAUCGAGGUCCAAGGCCCGAGGGGAACACUCUCCCGCAACUUCAAGCAUCUAAAUCUGGAUUUCCAGCUCGUCACCGACCAGGAAACCGGGAAGAAGAAGCUGCAGAUCGAUGCCUGGUUCGGCAGCAGGAAAGCCACCGCCUCCAUCCGCACCGCGCUUAGUCACGUCCAGAAUUUGAUCAACGGUGUCACCAGCGGCUACCGUUACAAGAUGCGUUUCGUUUAUGCUCACUUUCCGAUCAACGCUUCCAUCACCGGCAACGGCACCGCCAUCGAGAUCCGCAAUUUCCUCGGCGAGAAGAAGGUGAGGAAGGUUGAUAUGCUCGAAGGGGUUUCCAUUGUGCGGUCUGAGAAGGUGAAGGAUGAGCUUGUUUUGGAGGGCAAUGACAUCGAGCUCGUUUCUAGAUCAUGUGCUUUGAUAAACCAGAAAUGCCAUGUGAAGAACAAGGAUAUUCGGAAGUUCCUUGACGGCAUCUACGUAAGUGAAAAGGGGGCUAUAGCUGUUGAAGAAUAAGUAAGUUGAUUGAAGUGUUCUUUUGAUAAUCUCAUUUUUGGGCUAAUUUUCAAUUUAGUCAAAUAUUAUUAUAGAGCUUAUUAUGGAUAGAUAGGUGCUUAUGGUAUUUACUGUUUUUUAUCACGAGAGUUACUUAAUGGAAACACAGUCCAUUUGAUGUAAGAAUAGUACUCUCCAUUUACAUGUUCAACGACUUGCUUGAAUUUGUAAAGAAUUUCAUUUUUCUUUGAUGAAAAAUGACAAUGCUUAUCUCUUUUAUGCA